AUGAAUCACAACGACAUGAUGGCCGCCCACGACCACAGCGCACAUGACCACGGCGCCCACGACAUGUCGGACGGCUGCUCACACGGCCACGCCAUGGUGUUCCACGCGGGAGUGCAGCAAGAGAUCUUGUUCCGAGGCUGGGAGACUACCACGGCGCUGGAACUGUUCGGCUCGGCGGUGGCCAUCUUCCUCGCCAGCGUGCUUUACGAGGGCUUCAAAUACUAUCGGGAGGCGCUGCACGCCAGCGCGGUCACCCCCACGGGGGACUCGCAGGUCAACAUCGCCAAGAACGAGUGCGGCGCGAGGGGGACCUGCUCCGGACCGGCUGUAGUGAAGUACUCCAUGUUCUCUACGGCGCACAUAGUGCAGACGUUCCUGCAUGUGAUCCAGUCGACGGUGUCGUACGUGCUGAUGCUGGUGUUCAUGACCUACAACGUGUGGCUCUGCCUCGCGCUGGUGCUGGGCCUGGGGCUCGGCUACUUCUUCUUCGGCUGGAAGAAGAGCACCGUGGUGGACACCAACGAGCACUGCCAAUGACGACGCUCGGGCUACAUGUCGCCGGCUAAACUGUCAAACCUCACAGGUGCUUGAGAGCGUACCAGGGCACCCAAAAACUACAAAAAUAUCACCUUCUUAAUUCUGUCUAAUUCUAUCAGUCCGUUUUAAUUUAUUUUUUAGAAAGAAAGAAAGAAAAAAAUAUUUUUUACAUUGCGCCACACAUUACAAUAUUCACAACACCAUAUAUGUUAUGUGUGGCACAACCUAGAAAAAAGGUGCCAGCUCAGCAUUGUGCUGGACAUUUACAGGACAUCCUUUACAUAAAUUAAAUAAAGACGUGGCUUAACAUUAUCUUGCGUACUGAAUUUUGGAGGUACGAUAUUUGUGUUUUACAAAAUGACGUUGUUACGACUUCAGAAAGUAAUUUUCGUCCAAUAGGACGAAAAUUACGAUUUAAGGUUUGGUAUUUUAGCUGCAGUUUAACUAUGAGAUUUGCAAGCUCGGAAGUGUUUUACGUUUUUAAAUAUCGGAACAUUAUAAUUUUUAGUAUAAGGGACCUAAUUUUUCUCGUUUUACAAUCAUUGCUGCUGAAAUGAAUCUGCUGAGAUAGUUAGUUCCAUUUUAAUCCGAAUUUAUUGUAUUUCGAAAAGAUUGAAAUUAAUGCGAGUGUGUAAAUCGCUAACUAAGGACACUGGUUCAUUGGUAAGCAGUUGCUUUUUACGAUAUACACUUUACACAAGGCAUGAAUGCGGUUUUCGAGAGUCUCUCUCAUUAAAAUAUACCUUAUGAAACUUUAUUUAAAGCUCUAGUUUAAAAGUAUUACAAAAUUUAAAAAAAUAACAGAGUUCAAAAAAUAACAAAAAUUAUAAGCAUUUAGAAACUCGAAAACCAUCCAAAGUUGCUCCUAAUCAAAUUUGAGCCUAAAAGUUUGAGGCAAGUAAAAUGUGGAAACACCUUAGAAACCGACCGUACGUUGCUUGUCUUUGAUUUACAUAGGUUUAAGAGUUUUUCUGACAGAGAAGGUGUUUAUAAAAACAUCAUGGCAUCAUAAUGCACUAAAACGUCAUGAUGAAAAAAGUCAACGCCAUGUCAUGUUUGAUAUCUACCUGCCCGUUGAUAUGUUUUUAUUAUAUUCAACCUAGAUGAAAAUAUUAUACCUACAUAUUCCAAUAUGGAUUUCGUGACAAAGUUCUUUAAAAAAAAACAAAUUUGGAGCCGACUGAUAAAUAAGUAACAUUCCUUGCGACAAGUUUGUUUUUAUUUGUGAAAGAAAUGAUUUAAUAAACUGCCUACCCAUACUACCUAAUUACUUACCUGGUUAAUUAAGUGAACGCGGAAAACUGACCAAAUUGCUUUUGCAAUUAAGCACUUUAGUACAAAGGUGCAACCCAAUAUAGUACAACCACAAUAUUUAAUUAAAAAUCUAAUUUUUUUUUUCUUUUUCCUUUCCAUUUUAUCAGCUUACCAAACUACACCCCUAGUAACUAAGGACACAAUAAUCAAAGGAUAAGCUGUAAUAAUUUUUAUGUACUGCCUGCUCAAACCUUCUUCUUCUUUUGAUUAGCAGUUUGAUAAAUAAGCAAUGCUACACAUUAUUUUACGCCAUCAAGUGGUGAAUAUCUAAUGGUUUUAUAAAUUGCAUGCUAGACCAUCCGGCUUCAGCUAGUUUCUCCAUUCGUCAAUAGAUGGCGUAGUACUAACUGUAAUUUAAAGCUUUAGCCAAUAAUCAUACUUUAUUUCUCUGCAAUAAUAUACUUUAGUAAUAAUUAUACAUGUAUGACAAUUAUUUCGUUGUUUUAAGUUCAAUUUAUCAUCUUGCCUUUUUGUAUUGCUAUAAAUUUGCUAGGUAGAAAUAGGUAGGUAUAUUGUUUUAAAUAUUGCAUUGUAUUACUGUUUUGUAUUAUUCUAGAGUAAGUACUUAGGAUGGAAAAAGUAUCAAAGCCUAUCUUAGGAUAGCAAUCACUAACUCAAUAAGAUUACUUAUUGAGUUAGUGAUAGUUAUCCUGUACAUGGUAACCUACAUUUUUUUGGUUAAAUGUGAGCCCAAAUUAUAGUACCUAUCCAAUUAUUUAUUUUAUUCAAAUUUACGUCAUUUUUUGGGUGUACAGCUGAAGGUACUUAGGUACCUAACGAGUUCACCAUAAUGAAGCUCUUCUAUAUUCGUCUUUGAAUAGUAUUCGUCCUAAGAUACUUGUGAUAUUAAGUUCGUUUGAAUAAGAUAUUAAAAUGUUUGGUAUUUUUGUAUAAUAAUAAUAUUAUAUAUUACA